AUGUCCCUCAUUCUGCAGUGCAUCUAUAUGGCAAGUGUGAGUCCCGUCCUUAAGAAGGAACACACAAGUCAGCAUUACCGCGCAAAUGUAUCGGAGUCAUCGUGGAGCCAACGACUCUACGCACCCACUUUCAUUACGAAGAUCGAUGACGUGUACCUUCUUGUUGACUCUUGGCAUCAUCGAGUUAUAUACAACACGAACCUAGAUGCGCCCGUGGGCAAGUGGCGGUCUCUUCUUGCUGACGGCCCCAUUUGGAUACCUCACAGUGUUGCGAAUAAUGGCGAAGUUAUGUUGGUGGAGAGUUCGGACCAUGGCAGUAGUGGUAGUAAUCACUCCCUCAUUGUGUAUCGGAUUGUGCGGAAGGUGCCAGGCAAAGUGGAACGGUUUACAUUCGUCCAGCGCUUGCAAUUGUGCGCUGGGAAAAGUGUGUUUCGACCACAUCGAAUCCAGUACGACUCCAAUACCGAUGCCUUCUAUGUGUACAUCACGGGGCCUCCGACCCUGGGGAAGUACAGGUGGUCCACAAAAGAUCAAAAACUCUACCAUGUGUACUGUGAAGACCUUUCCUUCAUGGAGGGGGCCUACGCCCGCUCAUUCACAAUCAUAAAUGACGUUUUUGUUUUUAUUGCAGGGCCGCGAAGCUCUCUGACAUUUGCAAGACUGGAAGGUGUCAAUGGAACGCCGCGCUAUACAGGCCGCGCCAAACUUGGCUGGUUGGGCAUCAAGUCAAGGUCCAUGAAUGAUGUUGUCUAUAUGGACAACUACUGGUAUAUUAGCAGCACAUAUCCUUGUUCAUUACUUCGUGUUAAAUCGCUGAAAAGGGGACCUGUUGAAAUGCUACACAAACGUCUGAACCUCUGUCGAGCGCGUGCGCAGGGUCCGGGCGUCCUUGCAGGCGGGCGGUGUAACCUCCUGGGAACACCCUACUACUCCAGUUUUGUUGAUGGAAAAAUGAUGAUACCAUUCUUGUUUCAUUGUAGUGGUGUGCUUUCCUACGACCCUGUGAAUGGCUCGUCAACCGUUCUCUGGGGCUCUGGAUGGACAGAGGCGCCCGAGGAUGUCAAGAGACGCGGUACUGAAUGGUAA